AUGGCGUUAUUUCAAACGCCUUAUUUCUUUGCGUUACUUUGCUUGUUUGCUCUUCUAUUUUAUUUCAAUGCUUCUUCUUCUUUUGCUUCUUAUUGCUCCCGCAUGCUCAUAUUACAUUGGAGUUGGUAUAGGAGAUAUUACGGGUCCUGCUGCCGAAGUCAACAUGAUGGGAUAUGCGAAUCCAGAUCAAACAGAUUCAGGAAUACAUUUGCGCCUAUAUAGCAGAGCUUUCAUUAUUAAAGAAAAUCAGUUCUCAAAACCGAUUGCAUUUGUCAGUCUUGAUGCUGGAAUGACUUCUCAAUUGGUUAAGUUUGAAGUUGUGAAUCGGCUCAAGACACUAUUCAAUGCUACAUACGACCACUCCAAUGUUAUGCUUAGUUCUACGCAUACCCAUUCAGGGCCAGCGGGCUAUUUUCAAUAUCUGCUUUUUACCAUAACCUCUAUGGGCUUUGUAGGUCAGUCAUACGAGGCUCUUGUAGAAGGAAUUGUUAAAAAGCUGCAGAGCAUAUAUCAAGCCCAUUUCAAUGUUAAAGAAGGAAAAAUCUUAUAUUCGAAGGGGGAUCUUUACAAUGCUAGCAUCAACAGAAGUCCAGCAUCCUAUAUGCUAAAUCCUGAGGAAGAAAGAGCAAAGUACAUUCUUUUCGUCUUAACUUUUAGAUAUAAAACUGAUGUUGACAAGGAGAUGCUUCUUUUGAAAUUUGUAGAUAGUAAAGGAAAUCCUAUGGGGAUGAUAAAUUGGUUUGCUGUUCAUGGAGUUAGCAUGAAUAGCUCUAACUUGCUUAUAAGUAGCGAUAACAAAGGUGUUGCGUCCAUUUUAUUUGAAAGCGCAAUGAACAAAAAACCCAUUCUUGGAAAAGGUCCUUUUGUAGCUGCCUUUGCUCAAUCUAAUGAGGGUGACGUUUCGCCAAAUAUUAAAGGGCCAGUUUGUAUCGACACCGGCAAACCUUGCGAUUAUGUUCGUAGUACAUGCGACGGUAAAUCUCAAAAAUGUAUAGCAUUUGGGCCGGGAAAGGAUAUGUUUGAAAGCACCAUGAUCAUUGGCAAACAGCAGUUUAAGAAGGCCCUCGAACUAUUUGACGCGGCAACAGAUGAAGUGUCUGGGCAAGUUUCUUCCAUCCAUCAAUAUGUUGAUAUGACGAAUGUGAACGUUCAAUAUAAAGAAGGAAGAAAAGGAAGUACUUGUAAGCCAGCCAUGGGAUUUAGCUUUGCUGCUGGGACAGUGGAUGGUCCUGGAGCCUUCGAUUUUUCUCAAGGUGGUUUCUUUUUUUGGCCUAAGCUUCUCAAUUACAUGAGUAUUUCCUUUAGCUAA